ACGGUGGCGGCCGGCGUGCGGGGGUUAGUGGAUGCGGAGGAGCCGCGGGUGCGUUCAAAGGAGUGAAUAUAUUCCCCGUGACCUGUGAGUGACAUUUCAGGGAAUAUAUCCUAAAGUGACCAUCCAAAAGAAGAAAAUGCUUUAUGCAUAAAGAUCUUUAUAAAGCGUCAUUUAUAAUAGGCUCAAGGGGGCUGCAACCGGGUGUCUCCGCAGUGAGGGAAAUUAUGCACCUUCACCGAGUGAAUAUUAAGUGGCCUAUAAAGAUAAUUUACAAAACUUUUAAAUAAUAUGGGAAGAUGCUAAUAUAUAAUGUUAAGUGAAAAAAACAACAACGAUGCGAUACAACAUUGUACGGUGUGAUUGAAAAAGUUUAACCAAAACUGCAUGGGAAGGUCUGGAGAUGACCUUUAUCAGGAAAGAUGGAGUUGGGAAAAGGAAAACUUCUCAGGAGUGGGCUGAAUGCAUUGUAUCAAGCAAUACACCCAAUUCACGGCCUUGUCUGGACCGAUGGGGAGCAGGUAGUCCUGACUGAUGUACAGCUUCAGCGUGGAGAGGCCAAGUUUGGGGACUCGAAGGUCAUUGGGCAAUUCGAGCAUGUGUAUGGGGUGUCGUGGGCCCCACCUGGGAUAGCUGACACGCCCCCUCUGCUCGCUGUCCAGCACAAGCAGCAUGUCACUGUGUGGCAGCUGUGUCCCAGUACCACGGGAACAAGCAAGCCGCUGGUGUCUCAGACCUGUGAGAUUAGAGAAUCGCGCCCUGUCCUUCCCCAAGGCUGUGUGUGGCACCCACAAAGUGCUGUUCUGACGGUGCUGACUGCACGGGAUGUCUCCAUUGUCCAUAACGUGCACUGUGACGGUUCCCGAGUAAAAGCGGACGGCAGCGCCCAGGGCCUCAUUCACUGUGCGUGCUGGACCCAGGAUGGCCAGCGGCUGCUGGUGGCCGUAGGCAGCAGCCUGCACUCUUACAUUUGGGACAGUGCUCAGAAGACGCUUCAGCGGUGCUCCUGCUGCCCGGUAUUGGAUGUGCGCAGCGACGUGCGCUCCAUUGGGGCCGCGGAGGACUCACAGGUCGUCCUAGCCACUGAACUUCCAAUAGGUAAGGUUUGUGGCUUAAAUGCAUCUGAAACAUUUGGCGUUCCACCCAGCAGUGAAGACACUUGUCUGUAUACGUCACCAGUUACUGAUGCGAUGCCCUCUGUGGAUAAAGGGGCAGCCUCUUGUGGAACCAAUUCCGACACAUCAGUGUCUCCCUUUUCUUCUUCCGGUUCAGAUCCUCUGGAUCUAACUCAUAUACGUUUCAAUCGAUCUGAGUCUGAGAGCAAUGCCCUCAUUUGUCUAAGAAAAAAGAAUUACUUGGCAGGAACCGAUCUGGAUUCUUCACAUUUGAUUCUUGUGACCUUUGCGCAAGUGGUGACCCAGGUCAAAAAAGUCACCAUUCCAGGCAUUCUGGUUCCUGAUCUAAUAGCAUUUAAUCUGAAAGCAAAGGUUGUAGCCGUGGCUUCCAAUACUUGUAAUACAAUUUUUAUCUAUUCUGUCAUUCCAGCGGUUAUGCCCAAUAUCCAGCAGAUUCAAUUAGAGAGUAAUGAGAGACCAAAAGGCAUAUGUUUCUUGACAGAUAAAUUAUUAUUAAUUUUGAUAGGAAAACAAAAAUCCACUGAUUCGACAUUUCUUCCUUCUUCAAAGUCUGAGGAGUAUGUCAUUCGCUUGACUGUUAGAGAAGUAACGUUGAAAGAGGAGUUUCCAGUAACAGUGAGCGAAAACCAGCGUGGCUAUACUACCCUCAGUGCUCUGUUAAAUAAAGCAGAGAGGAAAAAGCCAAUUGAGAGUCUUUCCCCAGAUAUUUGUCACCAAAACACAGGACUCUCGUUAACAGCUAAUAGCAGUAGUCAAGGUGGAAGGCCUGGAAGUACUUUUAUUAAAGAAAUCCAACGCCCUCCAUCCAGUGUGCGUGAUGACUCCAUAGCCCUGGAAACUCGAGAGGCCGAGCCUGUUGACGGGUCAGCGACACUGCCCAAACCCAGCAGCACACCAGACUACACCAGCACCCUGGGCCCUCUUAAUCUCCCUCCCAGAAAGAACUUACAGCGGGAAAAGGAAACUUGUCAGCUCUCUAAGGAACUGGAAAUUUUAUCUAGGAAACUGAUGGAAGUACAGCGAAGUCUCUCUGAACUCACAGACUUCCUACACAAUGGAAAGAAGUCCUCUCCAGUGUAUCCGCUCUCUCAGGAUCUGCCUUACGUCCACAUCUCUUACCAGAAACGUUAUUCUGUAGAAUCUGUUGUUGAAAAAAGAGACGUGCUUCUCUGCAAUGGCAAGCUGAGGCUCAGUACAGUGCAGCAGACUUUCGGCCUCGCUCUUGUUGAAAUGCUGCAUGACUCCCGCUGGAUCCUUCUCUCUGCUGAUAGUGAAGGCUUCAUCCCAUUAACUUUUACAGCCACACAGGAAAUACUCAUAAGAGAUGGCAGCUCCAGGACAAAUAUCUUCAGAGACUCUUUGUCUCAGAGUCUUGAUUCUGGUACUUGUCUUGAAGUCUUUGGAGAACGUACAGCCCAGCGUUUAGAUGCCACCAGCUGUUCCAACCAUCUAGGCUGAUACUUGUUUAUAGAGUAUUUGCUGCAUAGCUUUUCAGAUGAGACCAUUACAAACAAGAUCUGUUUUUCACUGUGGGCUCUCCCCUCUGACACUGUCACACAGAGGUAAGCACUUGCCUGGUUGGCUCGGCCACUUCUCCGUCUGGCGCAGCCUUUGUCAGAUGGCUCAGAAAGUGCUUGCUUAUGCAUUCAUGAGGUGUGGUUUUGUCUGAAGGCAGAAUUCCCAGAACAAGACAAUGUAAUGGUGCCCUCUGGAUUGUGUUUUAUGGUUUCUCUGAGGCUUUCUGUCCCAGCCCAGAGCUGUGUUAAAGCUGUCUUAGAAGCACUUAAAAGGUACCUCAGCACUGUGAUAGAUCUUUCUCUUGGCUUAAAGAUGAGGAUAAGGAGUGCAUAUCCUCCAGCAUAUUCUUCUUAGCCCAAACCAGCAGAAAUCUACAGAGCUCAAAGGAAGAAAAAAGCCACUGACUGCAACCUCCCUCCCCCGCUCUGCUCCCUAGAACAGGAUGGACCUCCCAGAAUGUAAACCUAACUCUGUUGCUUCCCUAGAAAAUUCUGGCUGACUAAGGUCCGGAUACUCCUAAAAACUGGCCCUGGACAGAUUUCAAAGGACAUUUCAGUGCUUUGACCCUUCUAGGCCCCUCUUGGGUGUGUGCUGAUGUUACUAGUACAAUGCCAAGAACAGGCGAAGUCUAAGGCAUGGUGUAGUAGACACAUUAUAUUUAAUUAAGCAACCCUCCCUAGUUUCUGUGUUGGGGGUUUUAACAUCAUUGGUUGGAUCUUUUGUUUUGUGUACUUGCCCUUUUUUACAAUCUUGAAAUACCACAUUUCUAUGAUGUUUAUUUUCCAUUUCAGGUUUUCCUGACUCUAGAUUAACACCAGUAUCUUCAAUGUUGACUUCUUGGAUUUUUUCCUUGGUUGCACAAGCCUCCUCAAGAUUUUCUCCAAAUUUAACGUUUUCUUGACUCUUCAUUGUUAGAAUAUCUGCAAUUGCAUGUCGCAUUUCUUCAAUAGGCUGAGCUCCUGCCAGAAUGGCCUUCUCAAAGAUUGAGAUAAUAUUUUCAAUAGAACUUAUGAGUGGUUCAACACGUGCAAGGCAUAUCCAAUACUUAACACGUUUUUUGGCAUCUGGAAUAUUUUUAAUCAGGUCAUUCGGUGUGUUUAAUACUUCUUCUUUGGGGCAUCCCUCAUUAAUCAGGUUUAGGCAUUCAGAAAAUGUCUUGUUUACUUUUUCAGUAAAUAAUCUUUGUUAUUUUUCUUCUGCCAGGGUAGUCCAAAAUGACCCAACUGGUUUUUCAUUCUGUCCUUCAGCUUCAGGCUGGGCUAUUACUGAGCUAGGAGGCCUUUUCAGCAUUUUUCCUUUGCUGGCUCUCCACUCACUCAGACGAGCUUUUCUUUCUUCUACGGUUUCUUUGGGCUGAGCCCUUCUGUUGAUAGUUGCUUUUGCCUGCACUGCUCAAUGGUUUUUGACGUUUCUAUCUGUUUGAUAUUAGAAGAUGAAGCAGGCCUGGCUAUCAUUUCAGAUGCGAUGCUUCCUGAUACUGUCUUAUUUCUUUUUACUUCCUGAGAAGAAAUGGUUUUGACAUUAGAUAAAACUGUAUUUAAUUGUAGUAACUCUUUCUCAUGAGACCCUUUCCGAAUGUAACAUUGGCAGUGUCUUGUUUCAGGGAGUCCUGGGUAUUAUGAGUAUUACUGUGGUGACUUCUAAUAGGAGGACAUAAAAGUUGUUCAUUCUGCCGAAACCGGUUUGGCUCAGUGGAUAGAGCGUCGGCCUGCGGACUGAAAGGUCCCAGGUUUGAUUCCGGUCAAGGGCAUGUACCUGGGUUGCGGGCACAUCCCCAGUAGGGGGUGUGCAGGAGGCGGCUGAUUGAUGUUUCUCUCUCGUCGAUGUUUCUAACUCUCUAUCCCUCUCCCUUCCUCUCUGUAAAAAAUCAGUAAAAUAUAUUUAAAAAAAAAAAAGUUGUUCAUUCUGAGAUGUAGCCCUCACAAAUUUAGUCGUAGUCAUCAUAUUUGAGGCUCAGUGACUUUUUGCUGUUACACUGCUGGUGUUGAUAGGCUGAGGUUUUGUGGCCUUAGAGAUAGGAGUUGAAAGUUUCUUUGUUAUUGCAGAAUGCUCAUCUUUGACUUGUACAGGUUUUCUAACUGAAUGAACCUUAGAUUGAACAAUUUGGCCACGAUAAGAUCCAAGCACAGGUUUCUUGAGCACGUUAGCAUCUUGCUUUGGUUUUUCUGUAGUCACUUGUUUCUUUUUAUUAUUGUUUUUAAUGUGAAACGCUUGGCUUAAUGUCAUACGUUGACCUUGGCGAUCAUUUGUAAUUGGUAACAACUGCAGAGUUUGAUUAUUCUCCAAGUUAUAUAUAUCAGUGGCUAUAGUUGAAUUGGUUAAUUCAUUAGAAGGUUUUAAUGGAAUACAAUUUUUUCCCAUUGUUACAUUAUUUUUGCUCCUUGCAGGUCUAUGGACAUUUUCUUUAUCAGCCAUUUUUGUCUUAAGUUUCAGAACUUUUGUCUCUUCUUGGACCAGACCCUCAGAUGCCAUCAUUCCCUCGUUUCUACUGGAGAAUUUCUGAUUUUCCUGUUUGUAUGCAAAAAGAGUUUUUCUUUUUAACAGAUGCUCCUUGAGUUUUUGUUUUCUUUGCUCUCUGAAGGCGAACUGGGCCCUCUGACUCGGGGGAAGCUGCAGGUCGCCUGGAACCGCUAGGGAUUCUAGCAGUAAGCCUUCCAGGAAAAUCCUCUCCUGCUGCCGGCCUCAACUCUUAAAUUGUAGCUUUAAUUUUGGUAUUUUUCUUUUCCUUUAGUCAAGUUUUAGAGACUAGCAUAGAGUUUGUGAGAGAAAAUAUUUCAGAAAGGUGGAAAUUUCACUGAAUCUGGGAUAGCCCUAAAAAGUACCAGUUAUUAUAAAUAAGGGCUAAAGGGCCAGCUUAGUAUAGUGGAAAGAGCCCCGAUCCCAACUCUAGACAAACACAGCACUCCUUACUGCCUUCAGACACAUUAUAAAUUUCAUUUAUUGCAGCAUAACCAAUCGGUCUGUGUGGCUAGUCAUCACAUCUGCAGACCCUUGUUUCAGCCAUAGAAGCUUCAUUAGCACAUGGUCAUUUUUUUCCAUUGCCUUUAAAAUUAUCUGGAAAGAAAUAUUUUGCACCCUUGGGGACUCCUGUCUGUUACAGUUUAUGAAGAUGGAGCUGGGAUAGGAAAGAAGCAAGGGCCCAUUUUGUGGUUCAGAUGCAUUAGAGAGCUGGUGGGAUAAUGGAAGAGGAGACCACUUGUCUGAACUCAGUUGCCUGAGAGCAAUGUCUGAGGAUAGUCUGAGGCCUGGCUCCAUUUUCCGGGUGGGAUGAAAGCACAUACUGUGAAGCCUAACAAGGGGGCUGGUAAGUUCAAGGUGGGUGCCUCAAGGUGUAUGUUACAGUCAGCGUUUCAUUGGUCAGUCUUCAAUAAAAUCACUCAUGGUUGA